GUUAAACUCUCGCACAAGCAAGACGCACUUUCACCGGUGACAGUUCGCUACCUCGUGGAAGAUAUCGAUAAGUGAUCAGUGAUUCAGUGAUAUUGCCCUUUGGAAAGAGAUAAGAAUGCAUCAGAAGGUGACAGGCUGGGCUCUAUUAGCCCUUAUCAGUUCGUCAGCCAUCCUUCAUACACUUGCGUUUCCUCAGCCACCAGCACUCAUCUCACAGGCCACAAGUAAUGUUCGAACACAAAACCUCCAGUAUUACAGCAAUUCAUUGCCACUCUCUCAUCGAGAACAAAUAGCAGAGGAACGUAAGUUCGCUGAAAAACCCAACGCGUUAAAGAAAGUAGCGUUGGAUGAUCUGGACGACAUUCAAAAUAAUUCAAUUUCGGAUGGCGGAUUUUCGUGGUCUAACAUGCUGGGUAUGAUAAUGCACAUGAUCUUCAACCCUGGCGGCAACGGACCCAACAAGAGUGACAACUUGGACACUGAUGUCGGCUCACCAUCCCCUUGGGCCAGUUUAAUAUCUAUGGGUUUCAAAAUCUUAACUGCCAUUCUUGGAGGAGGAGCAUCGAAUGACGGCAUCGACAAGGUCGACAACGGAAAUUCUCCAAUGCAGAGUAUAUUGGCCGCGGUUCUGUCGACGGUGCUCGGUGCAAAAGAUCCUGAUCAAGUCGCCUCCAUGGCAAAGCAGGCUGGAGAGUUUAUCAACAUCGUCGUGAAUCUUUUGGAUGCUCUUAAGACCUCGUUAUCACAUCGGUCUCUUAGUGCUCGGUCAGCAGGCCGUAAGGACUCUGUUAGUGAUGCCGCCCUCGCUGGUAUUGCUAUGCUCAAGACCUACGUAAGAUCUUUUGGGACAAACGAUGACAAAUGCCUUCAGAAAUACGUCUGCGAUGCAAACAAUGAAUGUUCCAGUGAUAUUGGACCCAAGAGUGUCUUCUGCCAACUCGGAACCUAUGCCGCAAGCUUUGUCCUGGAGAGACAGUCAGCGGGCACUUUUGAUCAAUUUUAUGAGGCAGGGCGCCGUGGUCGUUCUGGAAUCGAUUGCCGUCAACUCUACCUCGAAUGCAACGAGGUUUAAUCUUUUAGGUCAGCUUAAGACCCACUUAUACGUAAAAUUCCUCCAAAUAAUUUAAACAGAUGAUAAUAACGAAUAACACGUUGUGUGAAAGAUGGAACUUAAAAACAACUUUUGUUUUAAAUUGAAUGGAAUAUGGUCAUCCGUUUUUAAAAUUUGAGAACUUAUAUUUCUUUUUGAAACGUUAAUUUUUUUCAAUUCAGUUUAUGUGCUUUUUAUAAACCCUUUGUUUAGCUUUGAAUGGAAAUUGGCAGUCUGUUGAAAAUAUUUUAUCCCAUCGCACAGUACUUAUAAACUGCAUAAA